AGCCCUCAUCGCACCUUCUAAAACUACUACUUUUUUCUCAACCAGUUCCCCAGUCUACAGUCGUUCUACAAAAAGCUAAAGUCCAGUCAUGGCCGUUGCACCCCCUCCUCCACUUGCCCUCGGUCACUCCAGUGGGCCCGUUGUAGACAGCGCGGACCGUUUCUACAAGUUGGGUACUCCGAGCCCGCCGAGCUUCCCCGAGUACUCCCCGCCGAGCUGCUACUCCGAGCUGGAGGAGAGCGGUUUUCACUCGGACGAGGAGAUGCAGAAGACUCAGAAUGAGAUGACUUGCUACCUCGGUAGUAACAGCGACAAUGAUGCAAGCAGUGCCUCUGAUAUUGACGAAAUUCUGCGCGAGAUCGACAUCACCGAGGACCUCUCUUCUCCCUCUCCAGUGGCGAUCAAGUCUGAGUUCAGCCCGCCGCCUCCCAAGCCUGGUGUGCCCCUCUGUGAUCACCCGAUCGAGGUGAAGACGGAGCUGAACGUAAGCUGCUCCUCGCCAGGCACUCAGCCGCUACAGCACUUCCUCUAUGCCACCACCACCCCACCUCCUCCUCCCAGCUAUGUGGCCACGGAGCACGUCACGAUGCAGAAGUCAGUCGCCUUCUCAGCCAGGCGGAGUGCCGGGCGCAUGGUGGAGCUCCCGUCACCGCCAUACUCCCAGAACACCACGAUGGUGAAUAUCAACCCGCAGAGAAACAAGCGCGUUCACCGUUGCUCGUACCCGGGCUGCAACGAAGUCUACACAACGAGCUCCCACCUGAAGGUGCACCAGCGGAGACACACUGGCGAGAAGCCUUAUAAGUGCAACUGGGAGGGUUGCAGCUGGAAGUUCGUCCGCGCCCACGAGCUCACGCGCCACAUGUGCAAGCACACUGGAGUCAAGCCAUUCAAGUGCCAGCACUGUGAACGGGCCUUUGCUCGCUCCGAUCACCUCAAACUGCAUAAUAAGAAAUGCCCUAAGUGA